AUGCAAACUCCUUUGACUGUGCUCCCGAACCAACUGUACGGUUUCCGACACAUGGGGUCGGUGCCGCCUCCACCAUCUUUAACACAGCCAAAUGCUGCGGGAUUAUCUUCUGUAGCAGCACGAGAAAUGGAGAGGAGGAAGGAGGCAGAGUACGCAGCGCUGAUGGCAAGUGGAACUAAAUCGAGUGGCGGGAAGACUGGCCCGCGUAAAAGGAACAUCUAUGACGACGAAUAUUUGGAAAAGGAGUCUGAUGAUGAGUUAGCUUAUCAGCCUGCUCCUGAUAGUCCAGCUGCUAACAAAGGCGGCGAUGAUGAUAAUGAUGAUGAAGAUGAUCCUUUGGAUGCUUUCAUGGCAGGUGUUGAUAAGCAGGCUAAAGCAGACAAGGAUGAAAGUCUGAAGAAAGAUAAAGAAAGGAGUUUGAAAAUAGAGAAGGGGAACUUUAAUGAAGAGGAAGAUGCGGAUAAAAAGGGCUUGGGAAGGACCGAUAUUGAUGAGGAGGAUAUGCAAGAGUCGUACUUUAAGUUUCUGGAAGAAAGAAAAGCGAAUGCUCCUGAGGAAGAAGAAGUUUAUGAAUAUGAUGAAGAUGGUAAUAUUCUGUGGAGUUGGAAGAAAGUCAUUGAUCCCUUACCAUCAAUUGAUCACUCGACCGUAGAAUAUGCACCUUUUAACAAAGAUUUCUAUCAAGAACACGAACAAAUAAAGGCAAUGACUUCAAUCAAAGUUUUUGAACUUAGAGGUCGUCUUAAUUUAAAGGUGGCGGGACUAAAUCCUCCAAAACCAGUGACGUCAUUUGCACAUUUCGGUUUUGAUGAGGCACUCCUGAAUGUAAUUCGAAAGUCUGAGUAUGAGCAUCCGACCGCUAUUCAAGCACAAGCUGUUCCCGCUGCUUUGAGUGGCAGAAAUGUAUUAGGAAUAGCAAAGACUGGGAGUGGUAAGACAGUUGCGUAUCUAUGGCCCGCAAUAGUUCAUAUUAUGGAUCAACGAGAGUUGGCUGAAGGGGAUGGUCCUAUUGUACUAAUAGUCGUUCCUACUCGGGAACUUGCAAUCCAGGUUUACCAAGAAGCUAGACGGUUUUGUAAAGUCUAUAAUAUAGCGACUGUUUGUGCUUAUGGUGGAGGGAGUAAGUGGGAACAGCAGAAUGCUUUGAAAGAAGGUGCUGAACUUGUCGUUUGCACACCUGGUCGUAUAAUUGAUUUGGUCAAAAUUGGAGCGACCAAUUUUACACGGGUUACGUUUCUUGUUUUCGAUGAAGCUGAUCGCAUGUUUGAUAUGGGCUUUGAAGCUCAAGUACGGUCGAUAUCUGACCAUAUUCGUCCAGACAGGCAAUGCCUUAUGUUCAGUGCAACUUUCAAGAAUAAAGUGGAACGUUUGGCUAGAGAAGCACUUAGUGAUCCGAUACGUAUCGUACAGGGUGAAGUUGGGGAAGCCAAUGCAGACAUUAUUCAAUCUGUUGAAGUUCUUCCCAACUGGGAGGCGAAGUGGCGGUGGUUGCUUCAGCGACUUGUCCAGUUUACAUCACAAGGCAAGGUGCUGGUUUUUGUAACUAAAAAGCAAAACGCGGAAGACGUUGCUCAGAGGUUACGCACAAAAGACUUUUCGCUGGUUUUGCUUCACGGUGAUAUGUUGCAAGCUGAGAGAAAUGAGAAGUUACACGCUUUUAGAAAAGAAGUGCCGCUGAUGGUUGCUACUGACGUUGCAGCACGUGGUCUGGACAUCCCCGAAAUAAGAACAGUAAUUAAUUUUGACAUUGCGAGAGAUAUUGAGACUCAUAUUCAUCGUAUUGGUAGGACGGGUAGAGCAGGUGAGAAAGGCUAUGCGUACACUUUGGUAACCGACGCCGACAAAGAGAUGGCAGGUCAUUUAGUACGUAAUUUAGAGAGUGUGAAUCAGGUGGUUCCUAAUGCGUUAUUGCAAUUGGCUCUCAAAUCAGCAUGGUUCAAAGCAUCGCGUUUGAAGGAACAAGUGCAUGGGGGUGGGAAUCAGCAUCAGAGAACUGGUUUGGGGUACAAACCAAGAAGUCGUCCCGGAAUAGGUAGUUCAGCAACGUCUAGUGAUACAUCACGCGCAUUGUCUUUUACAACAAUUGGUGGUAAUAAACAAAAAUCUUCUAAUGCACUCGAUUUGGCAAAAAGUAGUGAUGGGUCGACAAAUCGGCUCCAAGCCAUGAAAGCCGCUUUUAAGGCUUGUAUUUAUCUUCGUUUUAGUUCUUUUGCUAAAACUUUUCAUGCUUCGUCCAGCAACGAAUGGGCUGAAAGUCGGGCGGCUGCUACUGACCCUCGUCCGGAGUGGAAACGAAAGCUAGACGAAGCAGCUGCUGCAGUCAACCGUCAGAUUGCAGAAGACAGCGGUAGCGCUACAAGUGAACAGACAAGAAGUGCUGCUUUGUCAUCGCUAGAUAGUCCUACGUUUGGGAGCAAGAAACGGUCCAGGUGGCAAUGAGU